GAACAUAUGGUUAAAAUUGGAGUCGAUUAACUGAGGACAAUAUUGUCAAUUUUUUGUUUUUCUUGAGAAAUAAUGGGUCCAUGACUCAUAAGAAUCCAGAAGAGUCUUAACACAGAAACAUCCUUUGCACUUAUCCUACAUUCGUGUUCUGGCAGAUUGUGGUGUUAAUGACUCAUAAGAAUGGGUCAAUGACUCAUAAUAAUCCAGAAGAGUCUUAACCCAGAAACAUCCUUUGCACAUAUUAUAUUAACACUUAACUAUCUAAAGUGCACUUAUCCUAGCACUAACUUGAGACUUGUUUAUUCUUACAUUCGUGUUCUGGCAGAUUGUGGUGUGGAUACAGGUGAUAAGUAGGAAUGCUACUUUUAUGCAUAAAUGGCCUACCACUAGCAGCAAAAGGGUAAUCUCUAUCUGUCAGAUACUUAGAUAAGGUGCUUUACCCACUAGGACUGCUGCUGAUGACCCAGGUAGCUCUCAUUUGACAAAUCACCCUCCGGUUUGCUGUGCUGUAUGGCUGAUUCUGAUGCACUCAAAGUGGAACGAUGGGGAAUAAUGACCCUCCUUUUCCCUUCCUCUCCUAGUAUUCGCUGCAGUCCUUAUCGUUUAUGUUGCCAUAUAAUUAAUUUCAAGUUGCAACACAUUCGCAAUUUGUUAAAAAAAACAAGUUGCAACAGCUAUAUAAAUAAAUCUAUACCAAGUUGCAGUUGAUUGUCCUUGGAUCUGUCCAUGCCAAAAUAUUUGCGGCGCAGUUUCACGAUCCGUCGGGCUAAUAACAUUCAAUAACAUAUCCAGAGUGCACUUUCCUGCAGUUACGAGUGGUGUUUCCGUGAGUAUUUAACCAAAAACUACCACAAUUGACGGAAACGUGACGAAAAACUACCACUCUACGAUUUUGUGCCAAAAACUAUCAAAUUUGGACUAAACCGUGGCAAAAAACUACCAAGUCACGAAAGCGCUCGCUUCGCCCGCGCUAACCCCGAAUCUGACCGGCUGGGCCCGCAAAUCAGUAGCCACGCUGGCCAACGGACGGCCGCCGCACGCUGACGGCCGUUAACGCCCCGUCCGUUGUCCGAAUGGCGGUUGUCGGUGGGCCAAUAAGUGAGAGCGAGCUCAGCCACUCGCUCAGUCUCUUCCUCCUCGCUCGCUCUCACUCGUCCUCAUCCUCUCCCUCUCCAUGGUGCUCUGAGCUAGGUCAGCCUAUCACCGUCGCCGCCACGGCCAUUGCUGCCGGUAGAAGUUGAGGAUGCCAUCCUGGAAUGACGAGGAGAGCUCGGACGAGGACAUCAACAUGGUUUCAAUGGAUCCUCAGCUCUUUGAAACCCCUGACAGUGUGGUGGAACCAUCUUUCUGUGGUUCUUACACUGAAUCUGAGCCGACGUGCAUGAUGCAUCAUCAGAGGCCGAAGAAGAUGGUGGCUUUUGAAGGUGCUUUGACUGGGAGGCGAUUCCUGGGUUUUCCUGUGCAGCAGGAUGUAGGUGUGAACUGUGGGGUUGUGGAGUGGGUGGAUGGUCCUUGGCCAGAGAUUCUACAAAGGUGCCUAACAAGGAUUUGGGACAUGUACCAUGAGCAGAACUUGGGGAGGGUGAAGGACAAACAAGCCCAUGAGAAAGAGGUGGCCAAGCUACAGAAGGAAAUUGAUUUCCUGUCAAACAACUACAGCCAGUUGGUGGAAGAUGUAUCCAAGCUUUUUGACUAUCAAGAUGGCAAGAUGUCUCAUGACAUGGACUAUACCAGUCAGGCAAUCAAUGAUCUAAAUGCAAAGAAGAAACAACUUGAGGAUCAAGCAAAGAUUGAGAUAAGUGUGGAAAAGACGAAGCUUGCCAAGGAGCAAAGGUGCAUUCUUCGAAGUCAAGUAGAUAUCAUUCAGAACAUGAGGAAGGCCAUGAAGGAAGUGGAGGGGGACAAGGACCUACUUAAGCAAGAGAAGAAGAAGCUGGAGUAUCUGAUUGCUGAUCUGGUCAAUGCUGGGCAUGCCAGCAAAGAUAAGCUGGAGAGGAUCAAUGCAAUUAUGAAUGAGUGAAGUGCUUGGUGUGUGGGUUAAGUAAUUAGUAGGCCUAUAUAUAUAGCUGGCCUUGGAAUGUCAUGCAUGUUAGGUGUAUAUUUUGGGAAAGUUUCAUGUGCUUUCAGAAUGGUAUGAGGGAGGGAGGUACUCUUAUGGUUUAAGAACUAGUUGGUUUUCUAUGAUGUAAUGACUUUUAUGUUAAGACCUACUAUGCU